AUGGCUGCAUCCAGUGCAAAUCCCGACGCAUCAAAGUCAAUAAGCCUCACUAGCUCGCCACAUUUCUUCUAUCUUAUGUCCGAGCCCUCCGCAAAAACAAGGGGGAAGGGUAACUACUGCGAUGAGCAACCUCCACAAUGUUCAAACUGCGCGCGGAGAGGAACUGCAUGCGACCUCGCACACCGUGCUUUAUCAGCUCCAUCAUCAUCAUCACCAUCAUCAUCAUCAUCAUCAUCAUCAUCAUCAUCAUCAUCAUCAUCAUCAACAACAACAACAACAACAACAAUAGUAGGAUCACCGUCGACAACUACUUCCUCUGCUCACUCGCGUUCUCCCACUCUCCCGCUCGUCGGGAUCCCCACUAGUGCGUCCAACAUCCCAACGAGCUCGGGUUUAGACGUAACUGACCUUGAACCCCUCCAUCACUACACAACCUUCACCUACAAGACCCUACCCUCAGGUGCGACCCAGGGCCAGCACGAAAUAUGGCAGAUGCAAGUAGUCCAGCUAGGAUUCCACCAUGAAUUCCUACUCCGUGGCAUCCUGGCGGCCUCCGCUUUACAUCUAUCCUACCUGCGACCCCAGCGACGGGAGUCAUUGGCUUUGCGUGCAUCCACCCAUCAAAGCAUGGCCGUGCAGUCUUUCCACAUUGCAUUGAACCGCGUCGACCCUUCAAACUGCGAAGCCAUCUUUGCAUUUUCCUGCAUCCUCGUCGCGCUUACCUUUGCCGCACCCAAGAGCCCAGGGCUGCAGGGCUUAGCCGCCCAGAAGGAGAUUCUGGACUGGUUCCACAUGGUUCGCGGCUGUAACUCCGUCCUGCAGACGCAGUGGGAGACUCUAUCACACAGCUUCCUCGCCCCGCUUCUGAACAAAGCUAUGACGCAGCAAACCGCACCCUCGCAUACGGUCACUGACUCACAUCGGGUUACCGACCUGCUACGGCUUUGCACCUCCGACAGCGUAGCGCAGGACAAAGAGACAGCCAACGCAUACGCGCUGGCAAUCCACGAGUUGCUCAAUGCAUACACGCAGGUAUCUGUGCUAGCAGGGCGCGGUCAGGACUUUGUGCCAGUUAUCUUCGUGUGGCCGAUAAUAAUUCCGCAGACAUAUCUGAUUCUCCUAGGCGAGCCCAAGCCGGAGGCGAUGGUCAUCCUGGCCCAUUAUUCGGCACUGCUGCAACAGGUGGAUGACCAGUGGUUCAUGAAAGGGUGGGCCCGAUAUUUAGUGAUGCAGAUUGCAACGGCGCUCGGGGAGGAAUGGCAGGCAUGGCUGACCUGGCCGAAAGAAGUGACGGGGGUUCAAGUUGCUCCGCCCCAGUGA